UCUGGUGGCUGCGAGCCCGGGACAGAGUCCGGCCGGAGCGCGAUCGGAGGAGACGGCUAGGCGAGGAGCGGCGCCGCACCCGGUGCCCGGUUUCGCGCGGCGGGCUGCCUCACAUCCCCGCACCACGGCCCCAGGUGAGGAGCGAGGCUAGUCCCCUGCUGGGAAACAGAUGAAUCUCUCUUCCUAUUAUGCUGACAUGGUCCUUGCUGUUGUCAUGAAGCCCAGCAUUUCCAUGGCUCCUUUCUCCAAGGUGAGCUCUGCCUAGGGCCUCAGAAGACUCCCGUAUGUACCUACUUAAAGGUAAUAAAAAUGACUCAAGUGAGACUGCUGUGUGAGUCGGCGUCUUUAUUAUAUGUACAGUGCUACUGAAGUUGCCGUGACUGGCUUUGUUGCCUGCAUUCUGAGGUUCAGACUGCUAUUUGGAAGCAAGAAAGUUCCUGGCAGCCAGCAUGGUACCCUGUUUAUAACACGUGGAGAAGAGGGAACUCACUGUGCUCAGGCUCUGAAGGUCAGAAGACAAAGGCUGGCCUCACUAGUCUAAAAUCAAAGUGUCAGCAGGCUACAUUUCCUGUGGAGCAACGCAUGCAAAGUCUGUCAAAUUCCAGAAACUGGGAGCUUCAAGAUUUGGUGUGAAUUUACAGCUGUUACAUCUUCUUGGAACUAACGGUCUUCAAAACCAGAAACAAGAGGAGAACUGAAUUUUACAAAUGAGCCCAAAAUGGCAAUGGCCAGCCGUAUUUAAGUGAGCCAGUCUCAAAGAAGUGGAGUAUUUGGCAUGUUAGAGCCAUACUGUCGUCCAUGGGACUUCCUUUGUAACCAGCUUCCAUAGAACACUUUUAUGAAUACAUUGUUUUUGUUCAAGACCCUGAAGAAUAGAUUUGUCUUCUGUUCUGCCAGCCAUUUUAAGUUCUCUCCCCAUUUGUAGAAUUGGAUAAUCUCCGAGGAGACCCACAACUUAGCAGUCAAAGCACCUCAGCUCCCCAGGAUGCUUGUAAUUCAAUGGUAGAUGCAGUGGGAUUUGAGAGUGUCAUCACCCAUUGUCCCCAGGAGCUUCCUCAAAUGAUGGCUGCAGCUGCUGAUGGGUUGGGGAGCAUAGCAAUAGACACCACCCAGCUCAACAUGUCCGUCACUGAUCCCACAGCCUGGGCCACAGCCAUGAAUAACUUGGGCAUGGUUCCUGUGGGGUUGCCUGGACAGCAGCUUGUGUCUGACUCAAUCUGUGUCCCAGGCUUUGAUCCCAGCCUCAACAUGAUGACUGGAAUUACCCCCAUUAACCCAAUGAUCCCAGGCCUGGGACUGGUACCACCUCCACCCCCAACAGAAGUGGCUGUUGUCAAAGAAAUAAUCCACUGCAAAAGUUGUACUCUGUUUCCUCAAAAUCCAAGUCUUCCACCUCCAUCCACAAGAGAACGACCUCCGGGGUGUAAGACUGUGUUUGUUGGAGGAUUACCAGAAAAUGCCACGGAGGAAAUUAUUCAAGAAGUCUUUGAGCAAUGUGGUGAUAUUACAGCGAUACGAAAGAGCAAGAAGAAUUUCUGUCACAUUCGCUUUGCAGAGGAAUUCAUGGUUGAUAAAGCCAUUUACCUCUCUGGUUACCGAAUGCGAUUAGGGUCUAGCACAGACAAAAAGGAUUCAGGCCGCCUUCACGUCGACUUUGCCCAAGCCAGGGAUGACUUCUACGAAUGGGAAUGCAAGCAGAGGAUGCGCGCCCGUGAGGAGCGGCACCGUCGCAAAUUGGAGGAGGACCGACUGCGGCCACCCUCGCCACCGGCCAUCAUGCACUACUCAGAGCACGAAGCUGCCCUAUUGGCAGAAAAGCUGAAAGACGACAGCAAGUUCUCCGAGGCUAUCACAGUGUUGCUGUCCUGGAUAGAACGCGGGGAGGUGAACCGGCGCUCUGCAAACCAGUUCUACUCCAUGGUGCAGUCGGCCAACAGCCACGUCCGCAGGCUCAUGAACGAAAAAGCCACCCACGAGCAGGAGAUGGAGGAAGCCAAGGAGAAUUUUAAAAAUGCCUUAACCGGGAUUCUCACUCAAUUUGAGCAGAUUGUGGCCGUUUUCAACGCUUCUACCAGACAAAAAGCUUGGGACCAUUUCUCGAAAGCUCAGCGCAAGAACAUAGACAUUUGGCGAAAGCAUUCUGAGGAGCUCCGAAAUGCUCAAAGUGAGCAGCUCAUGGGCAUCCGCCGAGAGGAAGAAAUGGAAAUGUCUGAUGACGAGACCUGUGACAGUCCAACUAAAAAAAUGAGAGUCGAUGAGUCAGCCCUGGCCGCUCAGGCCUAUGCUCUUAAAGAAGAGAAUGACAGUCUCCGGUGGCAACUGGAUGCCUACAGGAAUGAGGUGGAGCUGCUGAAGCAGGAGAAAGAACAGCUCUUCCGAACAGAAGAGAACCUCACCAAGGACCAGCAGCUGCAGUUCCUGCAGCAAACCAUGCAAGGCAUGCAGCAGCAAUUGCUGGCCAUCCAGGAGGAGUUAAACAACAAAAAGUCAGAAUUGGAGCAGGCAAAGGAGGAGCAAUCCCACACACAAGCGCUGCUGAAAGUCCUCCAGGAGCAAUUAAAAGGUACCAAGGAACUGGUGGAGACGAACGGCCACAGCCAUGAGGAUACAAAUGAAAUCAAUGUGUUGACAGUUGCAUUGGUUAACCAAGACCGGGAGAACAACAUCGAGAAAAGAAGUCAAGGCUUAAAAUCAGAGAAAGAAGCGCUGCUAAUAGGCAUCAUAUCAACGUUUCUUCAUGUCCAUCCUUUUGGAGCCAACAUAGAGUAUCUUUGGUCAUACAUGCAGCAGCUGGACUCCAAGAUCUCUGCCAAUGAAAUCGAAAUGCUUCUGAUGAGGCUGCCGCGCAUGUUCAAACAGGAAUUCACUGGUGUGGGAGCAACGCUGGAAAAGAGGUGGAAGCUGUGUGCCUUUGAAGGAAUUAAAACGACCUAACUGUGAAGGGCAGGAAAACUCUGGAAAUGAAAUCAUCUGUAGCUGGCCAGGACUGUGCAGUGUAAGAACAGGAGGGUUGGGGUCGGCCAGCCUGGAACCUGUAUGAACCAGCCAAGCCUGGUUUAAUGAUAUCUGUGGUGUUUUCUUGUGAGUGGAAAUGUAAUUGUGAGCCAGUUCCUCAAACUAGACAAAGCUUCAUACUGUGACUGAUCUGUUUCUUAUGAAUACCAAGGAAUGAUUCCACAGUCAAUGACCACAAAAAUCUCAAAAUAGGCUGAACUGCAGAGUAGAUCACCAAGCAAAUGUUUAAAGUUAAUGGUGGGGUAGCGAUGGUGGUUGCUAGACUACAGAGUUGUAUAUGUAAUGUAUAGCUGAAAUCAUUAAAUGACAUUUUCCUGAAAGUCUUUCUGUUUUCGUUAAUAAAACAAAAAACAACAAAAAAAGUAAUUUUACAGUGG